CUAUAUAAAUACUGCUAUCAUGGCAAACGAAAGACUAGAUAUUAUAAUAUUUGGUGCUACUGGAUUCACUGGGAAACAUGCUGUACAAAUAGCUGCACAAUUAGCCAAGGAAAAACAAAUUAAGUUUGGAAUUUCUGGACGACGCAAACAAGCUUUAGAAGGGGUUCUUAAAGAAUUUGCUCCUGAUAUUGAGAAUGUACCUAUAAUAGUUGCUGAUUUGAAAGAUGAAGAAUCACUGAAGAAAAUGACAGAACAAGCCAAGAUUUUAGUUAAUUGUUGCGGCCCAUAUAGAUUUUAUGGGGAACCAGUUAUUAAAGCAUGCAUUGCUACUCAUACUCAUCAAAUUGAUGUCAGUGGUGAACCUCAGGUCUGAUAACAACUUU